AAUGUCUACUGCUGCGGCUGGAUUCACGUGCAGGACGCGGAGGACAGUAAAACGGUUUUUUUUGUGCAACUCGCAACUAUUUCCACCGAAACACUGAGUUUUGUACUAAGGUGUGGAGGACUGUACCAUGUUGGAAAGAGAGGGGGGUGUGAGUGAGUGAUGGGCUGUGCCUCGGCCAAGCAGUUGUCGUCCGUUCCUGGAGAUGAGGAUGAUCGGGACAAAACCCACAGCAAUGGAGAUGCCUUCUCUUCAGACGAGUACAAAAUGAAAGGAGUGGAGAAGGUGAAGUACAUGCAUGGAGACGAGGAGCGGAUGAACACGCGCAACCAGGAGCACCUGGAGAAGAGCACAUUUUUGCACAAGAGCAAACACAAAGAGCCCAGCGGGAACACUAAUAAAAUAAGCAUCCACUCGUCAGAAAGCCAGCAGGAGUUCUUCAGGAUGCUGGACGAGAAGAUUGAAAAGGGACGCGACUACUGUUCGGAGGAAGAGGAGGACGUGACAUAACCUGACGCUGUUGUACCUCUAUUCCUCGUCAAGAUGAUCACUCCUUCCCUCAUCUCCUUUUCUCCUCUGAGCGCUGAGCCAGUUUACCCCCCCCAACCCCACCCCCACCAUCCAGCCCUCCUUGUUUACAUUCAGCGUUCC